UUCUAGUUUUCUUUAUCUGAUUACCAACACAUGUCAGUUGUUGAAUUCUAAACAUUUGACGUUCUUCGUUUCAAUUUUAGGGUCUUUAUGUGUAUUUUUGUUUAAAAUUUUUAUAUUUUGUUUCUUUAAGUAUUUAUUUACGAUAAGUUGUAAUAAUAAAUAUUAAUUUAUCAAAUUAUGGGAUUCAAACAAUUUAUUAAAAAUAAUUGGCGAUUAGUAAAUUCCAACACUUUGUCCAUGAACAGAUGUGUAAAUUCUGUCAUUGAAUCUUAUAACAUGGGAUAUGCUAAAAAAGCAGUGGUAGAAAAUACAUUACAAUUGCCAAAAAGACCAAAAAAACCAAAUCCUCCAUUCUUUCUAUACCUUCAAGAGAAACGACAAGAAGUAACAGAAAAACAUAAUUUAAGUUUAAAAGAUGCUGUUCGAGUUGUUAGUGAAAUGUGGAAGAAUGUUGAUUCCGAAAAUAAACAAAAAAUGAAUGAAGUAUAUAACAAAGAACUUGAAAAAUACAAAAAAAAUGUUGAAUUGUAUAAACAAAGCUUGACUGAAGAUCAGAAAAAUGAGUUAUUUCGUUUAAAAUAUGAGCAAAUAGAACAAAGAACUAAACGCAAACUUAAAAAAGAAUUAAAGGAUUUGGGUAAACCUCGUAAACCCCUAACUGCUUAUUUAAUGUUUGUAAGUGAAGAAAUAAAAAACCAUGGAAAUGUACCUGUACAAAUAUAUAUGACAACAAUUGCUAAUAAAUGGAAAGAAAUGGAUGAGAAUACUAAAUCUAAAUUCAUUAAAGCGGCUCUACAAGAAAAUGAUAAAUAUAAUAAUGCACUUCUUGAUUGGGAAAAUAAAAUGAUCAAAGCAGGGCGUUUGGAUUUGGUUAGACCUCGUGCUCUCUCCAAUGAUAAUAUUGACAUAAAUUAAAAUUAUAAUGUAAAAAUAUUUUCCUAAUUUAUUUUCAUAUAUAUUAAUUGUGUGUUAUUGUAAAAUGUAGUACUACUCUUAAUUUGUUUAUGUAACAUCAAGAAUAUUAUACUCUUAUAUUUCGUGUUUACAUAAAAGAACCAUGUACUGAUUUUUUUUUCACUUAAGGAUUAAAGUAAAAAUUAUUUUGA